CUUUCGCCUUCCUCUAUAUUCCAACAUUAAUUGAAUUACUUUUCCACCUCUUUUUACUAGCGAAUCAGUGACGUCCAAAUUUUUCGUUUUAAACUUUCGCUUUCUUCUAUUUCAACAUUGAUUUAAAUCGUUCAACUGAAAAUGUAAUUUUAUUUUCCAUUCUAACUUUUUAUCUAUGAGAGUCAAGACAGUACAUAACACAGUCAGUGUAUACUGUAUACAGAAUAAUUUCGCUUCACCUGACAACUAUUUCGCUCGUUAAAAAAUCCUAUAAUAAUAUAUGUAUUAAACAAGUCUAGUUUACGAGCGAAGAUGUAUUAGUUCAGUACCAAAUACAAUUUUUGGCGCCAAUAUGUCGCAUAAACUUGACCGAGAAAGAGUUCCCUUCCAAAUAAAACAUCCAAGGACCAACGAUGGGCGAAAAUAACCUUAUUGGAAGUGCGCACGUGCGAUUUUGUGCGUGUUUUCAUUUUCAUUGCCCAUUUUAAACGUGUACGUGGUGAUUUGAGUGAAAGUUUUUGAUUGCUUGUUAGCGUUUUUAUUUCAAAGUUCGGGUAAAAAUAAUCGAAAUUUGGCUGUGCUCGUUCUCUGUAUUUUGUCGUAUGAUUUGUGGGAGACAAAAUUAGGUAGGCUUUCAAGAAAUUACUUCAAAUUAACUUUUAAAAGCUGGCACCAAGUUUUGAAUCUUGAUUCCUGCUUAUAUGCUUGCUAACAAGAUAGGCAUCUGAACCGAAAGAAAACUUUUUGGACUGGAUAAAGAUUAAAGCUACAUAUUUUUGGCGAAUUUUUGAAAAUCAACUUGAGUUAAAAACAGUUGGGAAAACAACAAAAUUCCACUUAAGUGACCCAGAAAGCUGAAAUUUGCUAUGUACCUUUUGUAUUAUCUCGUCUACGUAUGAACAUUUGUGGUACAAUUUUUUAUGCGAGAAGGCUAGAUGAAAAGACCAUCCAAAAAUAUUUCACCAGCCAAAGUUUCAGAUGCUGAAGUACAUUUUUUCGAUUUUUGAUGAAUUUUUGAAAAUCAAGGUUCUGGUUGAAAAUGAAAAAAAAAAAUCAAAAUUUAACCAAAUUGAUCUAGAAAGGUAGAAUUUAUUUUGUAUGUACCUUAUUUUCGACCUCCUGAGUCAAGUGAAUUUUUGUUUUAUCAUUUUUUACAAAAAUAAACCCUGAAGAAAAUGUAUUUGAAUGAGCUCAGGAUUGGAAACGGUUUCGAACCGGGCAGUUUUGAAACCUGCAGCAGAUUUUUGAAACUAGAAAUUUCAACAAAAAUUACCCAGUGAAUUUGGUUUUAAUUUCAUUGAGUAAAGUUUAGUGGAAAAUAUAGUGUAAAUUCAAAAAUCUGCUGUUGGCUUCAAAACUGCCCAAAGCUAUUCGAAAGCGUUUUCAAUCGAUUUGGAGAGUCAAAAAUAAAGCCCAUACUGAAUUUCAGAUUUCUAGAUCAUUUCGGUAAAUUAUUAUUUUUUUAAAAUUUUUGGCCCAAAUUUGAUUUUUAAGAAUUUAUUAAAAACGAAAAGAUACGAUAAACAACGUGUUUUGAGAAUGAAAUGUAGCUACCUAAUUAUAAUCAUUUGAAAUUCUAUUCGAGUUAUUGAGUUGAAAUGAUAAACCAGAUGCAAAACUGGAAAUCAAAUUGAUGCUUACAAGUGUAAGAUACCAUUUGAAUGAGAAUGAGUUGAAUUUCAGUAGGCAAGUAUCCAAUCGGCGCCAGUUUGACAAAGAAACUUUUCCGGAGUAUGAUUGUAGAGCCUUUGGUUUGGAUAAACCACCAGGGUUACGAAAACACGAGUAACUUUACUGAACUUGCGCACGUUCUGCAUGUGCCUAUUUCCUCUUUCAUUUUCACUGGGUAUGUUUCCGUUCACGGUUCAAUUUUGAAGGUGGUUGCGUGAAUUAAUAGUUCAUUGUUCGUAAAAGUUUGGUGAGGUAAGGUGUAAGUUUUAGGCAUUUUUAUUUCAAGGCUGACAAAAGUAUAAUCGAAGUUGGCCUCCAUUCUACUCGUAUUUGUAUAUGGCGAUUUAUUUCACAAUUGAAUUGGAAAAAAGAAAUAUAAAAUCCGAGUUUUGAAUUGAUAUACUUACCUACGUCGUUUUGAAAUCAUCGUUUCAAACCAUUUGAAAAUCCACAGAACUAACGCUGAUACAUGUUAUUCGAUUCAAGAGAAUGAUUUGCUUACUUUGAAAACAACCUGUAGCAGUUCAGUUCAGCUGACUCAGCAUCCAGUUCUAUAAUUAACAACUACAAUCAUCGUUGAGUGCAUUGUCGACUGUCGAGUCGAGUAUAUUGUUGUGACCUAUCCGAUAUGAUGGAGAUUUCAACACAUGCAUCUAAUUAUCUGUUGCCAGACCUAGAAUGUUUGAAUAAUAUCGGCCAAUUACUCGUUAAGCAAAAAGUUGAACGAAUGGAAGUAAUUUUUGGCAUCGAAAGUAACAAUAAAUAUACUAUUAAAAAUAGCGAAGGAGAAGAAAUACUCUACGCGGCUGAAGAAAAUGACUGCUGUACUCGAAUGUGCCUGGGUUCACAAAGACCAUUUGACAUAAAGAUAAUAGAUAUUCGUGGAAACGAAGUGAUCCAUUUACAUCGCGAUUUUGUCUGCUGUUCUUGUGGCUUUUCAGGUUGUCAGCAAGUAUUAGAAGUGUACUCUCCUCCUGGUAACUUGCUUGGUACGGUGGUAGAAAGGUGGAGUUUUUGUAGUCCAAAAUUCGAUAUCAAGAACGCAAAUGGUGACAUUAAGUAUAAAAUCAAAGGACCUGUUUGCCUAACGAAUAUUUGCGGAGAUGUUGAAUUCCAUAUUAUAUGUACCGAGACAGCGACUACAGUUGGUAGAAUCUCUAAACAAUGGAGUGGUUUGUUACGAGAAGUUUUUACAGAUGCAGAUUACUUUGGAAUUUCAUUCCCAUUUGAUUUGGAUGCUGAUAUGAAAGCUGUCAUGAUCGGUGCAUGUUUUUUAAUAGAUUUCAUGUAUUUUGAAAACACAAACAACUAAUGAAGAGCAUAAGGAUUGAAUUCAUCUUCUAUUUUUACUUACAUAUAUAUUUUUUUCCGUUGAUUCAAUUGUCAAAUUGUGAUUCUGCACUGAGUUUUACUCGAUAUUUUCACUUUUCUUGCUUUCAUCUUUCUUUCGUAAAAUACACACGACAGGAAGCUCAAAUUUUUUUAUUUGCUUCGGGUAUUUCACAAUCAAGGAACGAUCUCAUUCGAUUGAAAAAAUUUGUAGUGCAUCUAAAAAGAUCACUGAUUUUAAAGAGAGAAUAAUAAGUAUAACAAAGAUGAUAUGAGUUUAUAGAUAUAGGUACUGGAUUUUAUUUUGGUGCUUUUUUUAAGCUAGCUUUCGAAAUUGGAAGAUUUAAAAACUCACUGAAGGCUUCAGAAUAGCUUGGAAGAGAAGCACCAAUUGAUUUGGGAGAUCGAAAAUGAAGUGCAAACCAAAAUUUCAGCUUUCUACCUAUUCUACCUCAAAUACAUAGAUCAAAUUUUAAUUUUUUUUUCAAGUGAUAACUAAUUCUUCAAACUUUUAUGAAUCCUCCAAAAAUCGAAAUGAAAUUCAGAACCUUAAUUUUCGUCCAAGUGGUGUGAUUUUGUAUGCUUUAUUUACUUAUUUUUGUUCAGUCUUGAAGUUUUUCUUCGAGUUGGGAAUUGGGAUUGUUAUACCUAUCUCAUUCUUUGGAAAGAAAUUAUUUUUUGUACUUAAUUUUUUAAAAUAAGCAUAGGUAUUUAAAACAAACACCUAUUUGUCUUCAGUAUUGUAAUAAGACAUUUGAAUGAAAAAUAAUAAACGAUUAAAAAUCA